AUGCGAUAUUUCUCAUUACGUAAUGUCGUCACAUAUACUGGGUGGCCCAAAGUUUCUCUUGAUCAGCAACCAGUGAGUGAUGAUGUUCAUCAACAAAUCUUACGUUUACAACAAGACGAUCCUGACUCAAAUAUAUUUCGUACUCGAACUGUAAAUCAACCGCCAAUAUCAAUUGCUCCACCAAAACUAUCUGAACUUUCAUCACGAAGUGAUACUUAUCAUAUGAUACCAAUUGAACGAAUGGAACAAAUUCGACAAGAAACAGCACAUGUACUUGAUCUUGAUGUUGAUGGUCAACAGCAAUCAAAAAUAAAAAAAUUAUCUGGAAAAAAGAAAAAAUCAAAUAAAAAACGUCGACUAUCAGCACGUUUACGACGACGUACUGUAGCACUUGCACAAACUAUUACAAAUAAUGAUCAAGAAAUUUCUUCAGAAGAUGAUAUUGAUGAAGAAGGUAAUCAAGAUGAUGAUGACGAUGAUGAUGAUGAACCAUUUAUUAUUAAACAAUCAUCAGGUAUUAUUAAUGGAUUUGAUGUUAAAUCAACUAAUAAUAUUGUUGAUAUUACUAAUAAUAAAACUGAAAAUGAUGUUGAAGCAUUAUUUGGUGGUGCUGAUAAAGAUUAUCGAGGUACAGAUGAAACUAGCCAACAAUCAACAGCAAACUCAAAUAGUCUUGAUGCUGAUAGUAUAUUUGAAAUAAAUUCAAAAUGUCUUCGACUUGCUGAACAAAAAUAUAAAUCAAAAGAAUUAUCAUCUGAAGAGUAUCAAGCAACAUUGAAAUUAUUACAAAAUAUACUUGAAAGUGAAGUUAAACGGCUUACUGUGCAACAAACUAACAAUGCAACUCUAUUAAAUGAUACCAAUCACCAUUCACUAGCAACUCAGGCAAACUUUCUACCAGCAACUACAAGUACAACUCCAACUCAUCCAUUUCAACAACAACUUCUUCAAUUUGCUCAACAACAUGCACCACAAAUGCCAACAACAACAUCACAACAACAAUCUUCCUUAUCAACAUUUUCAAAUUCAUCAUUUCCAUUUCCAGGUUUUGGUAAUGAUGCAUAUCGUCAUGUAAUGCAAAUUUUAGCAACAGUUGGUGCACCAUCAUCUUAUACAUCGAAUUAUAAUUUUCUACCAUAUCUUCCACCAUUACCACCUGCUCCACCAUCAUUUACACUUGUUCAAAAUACAUUUAAAUCUCAAACACAACAACAAUCAUCAACAUCAUCAGAUCAACAAAAUUUUUCAGCACGUCAAAGUCCACCAUUGAAACGAUCACAUGAUGAAAAUAAUAAUAAUAAUAAUCUUUAUUCCGAUGAAGAUAAUAAACGACCACGUUAUGAUCCCGUUACGGGUCGUGCAACACGUCCACGUAAUUUUGAUGAAGAAAAUGUAGCUCCUGUGCCAUCACUUAUUGAUGCUAACGUUAAUAUGUUAAAAAAAAAAUAUGUUGGUAUUGUUCAACAAUUAUAUGUUGGAAAAUUUCAAUGUCGUUUAUGUGGUCUUCGUUUUACUGCUAAACAAAAACAUCAUUAUACACAUCAUCUUGAUUGGCAUUAUUUAGAAAAUAAACAAGAAAAAGAUUUAGGUACAACAGCAUCAUCAUUAUUAUUACAACGAAGUCGAAAUUGGUAUUCAUCUGUACAAGAAUGGACAAUUUAUGAAGAAAAUAUUGAAGAACAAAUACGAACUGGAAAAAUCAUAUCAACACAAUUAAGACCAAUUAAAGAUAAUCAUCAAUUAAUACAAGGAGAAAAUAUUUUAUCAUCAUCAGGUGUUAUUUCUUGUCCAGCUAUUGGCAAUGGUGAUAAUGAUGAUGAUCGUUGUUAUGUUUGUCAUGAUCCAUUUGAAAACUUUUUUGAUGAUAAUCGAGAAGAAUGGCAUUUGAAAGAUGCUAUUCGAAUUGACGGAAAAACUUAUCAUCCAAUUUGUUAUCAAGAUGUUAGAUAUGAGACAACGAAUGAACAAGUACCAGUGACUGAUUUGUCUUCUGGCGAUACUAUAUCAGCAUCGUCAAAACUCACCAUGGAUGGAACCAGUAAUAUUUCAUCCGAUAUACCAACUAUUGAUCCUACAACGACUAUAAAAACCGAUAAUAAUGAUACUAUAGUUGAAGGUACAUCGUCAUUAGAUGAUUCAACACAACCAAAUUAUGUUGCGCCUAUAUCAUUUUUUGAUCUUGUUGGAACAAUAUUUGUAAAAAAAGAAGAUAUUAAACCAGUUGAAAAUGUUGAACAACUACCGACCAAUACAAAUGAAGAGUCAAUGAAUACAGAGGAUGUUUCUGAAGAUAUUCCAUUCUUAUCUGUUAAACAUGAACCUGAAUCUGAAACUCUAAUUAACAAUACUUCAGAAGAAAUAGGAACGACAUUGGAUUAA